ACAAUUGACUUGGCCAUGAACCUGGAUUAUAACCCCAGUUUCAAUACAGGAAUGAUAAUUCGGUGACAAGCUCGCAGGAAAUAAAAAGUUGAAAUAACCAAUACUAGUGGAUUCUCGUUCAAGUCACAAACGUAGCUCGUAUAGUAGUCAUACUCUCUAUAGCGAAUAGAAGUGUUAGCCUGGAUUAUUCACUUUUUUCACUUGGAUUAUAUGAAAACCGAGUACCGUAGAAACCGACAUAUACUAAAAAAAAAUGUAGUGUUUAUAGCAUCCAUCUAGUUAAUUUUGAAAAUUAACAUUUUAUUUACUUAUUUCUUUCAAUUACAGUGAUGAUUUUCCUUUUAUUUAUCAAAUUGUUAGUUUCAUAACAUUGUGUAAAACAGUCUACCCAUUUGUUAACCUAAGUCAAACUGGUUUAUGCUCCAAGUAAACUUUUCAAAAAUACUUAAUCAGAAAGUGUAUGGAUUGUAAACAUUAAAUGGAGUCUUGUGCCCGUUUGUCUUGAAAUGUAGUAUGCCGCUCAUUUCUGACUUACAUUAAGUUUUGUGUGUGUGUGUGUGUUUUGAUAUUUCCUGCGAAUUUAAUUAUCAGGAUACGCUUAAGUGUGUGUAUGUUAAUGAGCAAUAGUGUCUAUACUGUGUGGUGAGGAGAGCCGUACAAUUACUACUGUGAUGAUAAAAAUAAUUGAGUGUCUAAAAAUGAUACCAUGUAGAAACAAAAAUGUCUGUGUAUCAGAACUAGGUGUCUACUGCAAUGUUCAACUAAUGAUGAAGGAGUAGUUCAAUGUGAAACAAACAAAAAAUGUGUUUGAAAUUCUCGGAUAUUUUUCAUGAUAGAAGAUUCUGUUUAUGGAAAUGUGUUUACAUAUAUUUUGUUGGCAUGUAUUUGCAUCUUGUUAAUGCCCAGCCAGAACUUUGUGACUCCAAUGAUGCUACUAAAACAAUUGUUGCCACACUUGGUACAUCGAUCAACUUCUCAGUCUGUGUAGUGGCAAACAUUUCUAGUCCACGAUUUCCUCUUUUAAAAGUCAACAACGUUUGGUUGUCAAGAGAUCAUGAGGGACAAAAUAAUCAGAGAUUUACAUGGGAGAACACCAAUGUCAGCACUCCUGAUGUCUUCUCGUUAAGAAUCUACAUUCGAAACAUUACAGUGUAUCAGUAUGGAAAGUUGGCUAUAAAGUUACUGAUUUCCGAAAACUCUGGGUUAGACCUACAUUGGACAAUUAUUCCUUCAGAGCAAAAUAUUAUUAAGCUUAAUUUUACAGACUCAGAAGAACUACUGUGUGAAGUGAAUUGGUACUUAAAGACAAUAGAGAUAAGAAAUGAGCUGACGGGACAAGUGAUAAAUACAUUACAUAAUAGUAACAAAAUGGAAAUACGAAAAAGUAUUACAGGACAUCUUCCUAAGAUCAAAGAAUGUGAUAACACGGGAAUCUACACCUGCGCUGUCACUGAUUUUCAGAAUGUCAUUCAUGAAAAACAACUGAUAAACAGGAAGCCAGGAUGUCCUGUAAAAUUUUGUGAUGAAAAAAACAGAACCACUUAUACUGUAACAACCAAUCAAACUGUUAAUUUUAGUUUAUGUUUAUUUUACAAUGACGAUGUCGAUAUUGAGGCAGUCAAUAUUCCGAAAUUGUCGCCUGAAUGGCGAGAAGAUAUGGUAAAUGAGAGUUACCUUCUCCUACACCUUAACAUUGACAAUAUUAGUGUCAGGUCUGCUGGCGACCACAACAUGGAAAUUACAGCGGUGAACAAAAGAAAAACUAAAGUUGAAAAGCUGAAUAGGAAUCUUACAUUGAUCUUACACAAAGCUAUUAAAUUGUGUAACGCAGGAAGUAAUAACAGAAAAGUGGUGGCCAGUGUUGGUCAGAAUGUUAGCAUUGAGAUCUGCAUUGAAGACUCGUAUAAAAACUUAAGAAAUGUUACAAUCAAUCAGCGCCCUGUUGACUGGAAAAAUAUAUCUGUUCAAAACUGUCGAAUAUUUUUACUGAAACAAAACUCCACUGACACGUAUUACUUAGAGGUGACAAUUGUAAACAUUACGGAACAUACACCUUUGAAAUAUAAAGUGAUGUUGUCAACUGUUCUGAAAGACGUACUUUUAUACAGAUUUGAAUUAAUAUUGAAAGAUUCUUUAAGCCUGUGUGAAAAAGAGAAGAACUUCACCUCAGUUAAAACUCCUAUGUAUGGAAGUGUUACCAUCCACAUCUGUUAUAUAACAAACUUUGGGCAACUAGAAUAUUGUGGAGUCGACAAUAAACCCUAUAGAAUCAACGACUCAGAAGACAAUGAGGAUAUAUAUGUCAGUGUUGAACAAUUUAACAACAGUACAAAGUACUUCAUGCAAAUAAAUUUUAGAGAUAUAACACAGGACAAUACCCGCAAAAUUCUGUGGAAAACAACUCCAAGACAAAGCUUGAGCUAUACAGUAGACAUCUUAUUAUUAAAAGAGCAAAACUACGAAUUAAAAAAUUGUGAAGGACAAAAAUUUAUAACAUAUUACUACACUAAUCUUCUAAGCAACGUAUCUAUUUGUGUAUUGAUAAUGAGCUUGGCAAACAACCAACCAUGUCUUCAAAGUACUGCCUAUACACAACAUGGAUUUGCAAAUACUUCUAGCGAACAAAUAAGCAAUGUGUAUAUAAGUGUAAAUGGUAGUUUUGUAUUUAUUGAUGUUAUCAAUGUGACUGAUUAUAAUUUCGGGAGAUACGAUUGGACUCUUACAAUGUGUGAGAACACAAACAUAGACUAUACUUUCUAUUUAAUUCAUGACACAUUAGAUUUACCAAGUUCACUAUGUAAUGGAGGAAAUACAAACUUUAGUGUCGAGGCAUCAAGAGAUUCGUUAUUGUCAAUUUGUUUCAGGAUAUUUAGUCAUUUAGAUAGGACUCUAUCCAUAAACAAUUAUAGUGUACCUAUAGUCUCCAGUGUCAAAGAAUUUCAAAAAUAUAAUUACACUAUGUCAGAUUUAGAAUUAAAUUUUAGGAAUAUCUCAGUGUUUAAUAACUGGAAUCAGCAGUUAGACACAAGAUAUAUCCAGAUUCUUCUAGUUCCAACAAAAAGUCAAGAAAUGAAAAUAGAAUUUGUUUCCAGUAACAGAAUCCUAGUAUAUAAUAUUUCUUUGAAUGGAUUAAAAACUGAUGGAAAUGAAAUUUGGAAGAAUAACGGUACUAACAACACUACAAGAGAAUUUACUAACAGAACCGAUUCACAAGGCGAUGCUCUAAAGAAUGACAAUAUGGAUUCAUCUGUGUAUAUAUAUGCAGUACUUGUUGUUGCAGUCAUAGUGUGUACAGUGGUUUUAAUAAUCGUGUUUAUUGUCAGAAAGAAAGUAGCUAAAGUCAAGCGCGAGAAAGUUGAAACACAACUAAAUCUAUAUACGCAAGGCCAGAGAAAUGAUAACAAUUACAUCAAUGUAGAUAACCAAAAUGACGUCAUGUAUAUGAAUCUCAAAACGUCUAGGCCUAGAUCUUUGCGUCUGGUGGCCAACGCUCCAGACCUGACGAAGGACUUGGAUGAACGAAUAUACCUGAACACUUGUGACUUGGAACAAGAGUCUUCAUUUAUUGGAAUAGGAGACAAUGAUUACAAAGAUCCGCCAAGCGGCAGGUACAUCUCAGAUGAAGGUCUGCUCUACGUCACAGUCUCUCACGCUAACAGUCUGAGAAGCGCCAACUCCUCGGCCUCAUCGCGCCAAACUGAUAAUGUCAUCUACGCUUCUCUCGACCUGGAAAAAUCCGGCAAAAUUCCAUUACUCCAGUUCAAACAACCCAGAAUUAAACAGAAGAAAAAGAUUAGUGACAAAAAAACUAAUUUGAAUGAUUUCACAAUAACAUCGUCAAGUCCUAGUCAAGUGAACUCAUAAAUCUUUAAGGAAUUAGUAAAACAUGAAAAUGUGUUUUAGUUUGACUACUUUUAGAUAAUUCAACUUUGGUAAUUAAUAAAUGUCUUUUACAAAUCGGCUUGUUCAAUAAAAGUCUUUAAUAAAAAUAAUAAGUAAUUCUAAAUUAUGCCCAAAAUAUUUUGACGUCAAAAGAAAAAUUAUACUUUAAUAGCAAAUAAAUAAAUGUUGUUUUUAUUCCUAGCUAAAAUAAUGAGAUUGAACUGGUUUGGCAUAUGUAUCUUAAUAUCCGUAAGCCUUUAGAAAAAUUAAAAUACUUUUAUCUUAAAACAGAAAAAAAGCACAUUACUAAUGAAACGAUGCCAGAAGAUGUUUUACACUUUAUCAGGCUGGAAAUCGUUAUAAAUAACGUCUCAAUAUCUACUAUUCCAAAAAAAAAUAAUAAUUAAAAAAAAAUAAAAUAUAAAAAUACGUUAAAAAAAUAAUUUAUGGAACCAUAAUACAUGACGCCAAGUUUUGAGAAGACGUAAAAAGAUAUGUGUAAAGUUACGACAAAGUCGUUAAUGUCAUCACUAUGGUUAGUACAUUCAAAGAAAUGUUAGUUUGAAUGUUGACUUGAUAAUGGAAACAUUUAAGACUCAGGAUUAUUAAUAAUUUGCAAAUUAUAAUAAAAUGCUUACAAAUUAUG